CCAGAAAGGCUCGCUUAGAGCGCAUGCGUGUAGGGAGAAAACUAGAGCGAUAGAGAGAAAAAGACGCCCAGCUCAGCAAACCAUCGAGCGAUGGAAAAUCGGUAGCCUAGAAGGGACCCCACCAGAGGAAGACCAAGGCGGCGGAAAGGAGCAACGGCCCGGCGCUCGGUUUCCCCGCGCUCCUGGUGAGGCGUUGGGCUCGCAUUUAGGCCUCAGACCAGGCGGGGGGAGGUUGGGGGCCGAGAGGGCGGGGAGGGGGAGGAGCCUCUGGAGGGUCUCGGGCGGGAAAGCGCCUUUGUUUGCUGACCGGAUUUCCUGGUUGUGAGUGGUUUUUUUUUAAAUCCUCGGUUCUCCCUUGCGUAGCUCCCAAGGUGGGGAAGGCAGAGCAGGGGCUCUAGCACCUCAGAGGUUUGUGGCGCCGUCGUUUCCUCCUCCUCCUUCCGCGCAAGGCACGUAGAAGCGAGGGCCUAAAGUUCCGCGCGGAGAGGUUUUUCUUGCAUCGCAGGGGGCGGGCGAAGAAACACACACGCGCGCAAGUUGUCCUGCAAGUGCUUCUUUCGUGAGAGAGAAUAUUCCCUCUCUGUUGCAAGGGAUCAGGGACGAGAGAGGCUUCUGCUGCGAAGUCACAGAGUCCAGGUCGGUCUAGAUUUCGUCGCGACAAAAGACUCUCUUGAGUGUAAGAAUAUUGUGCUCUUUAUUAAGCCGAUUUGUUUCUUCGUCCUUGUUUCCUUACAUUUCUAACCCCGGCCUCCUUCCCUGUUACGGAGAUCGAAGGAGGCCUCGCAUUUAAGCAGAAAAUUGGUAUUUUUUUUACUCCAGUCUGUAUUCCCGCUCGGGGGAGUUGAGACAGUAGCCGAAAAGUACAGGUGAACGAAUGGAGGAGGGUGUUGGAUGCGGGUGAUGCUUGGAGGGGUGGAAGCUUCCAGGGCAAGGAGAGAACCAAAGAGGGAGAGCAAAGGCUGCAAGAAAAUACAGAUAUUUCUUAACCUUCUUAGGAAGGUAAUUCUGGCAAAGAAAUGUCUGGGUGGAUUGCCUUGUUAAAGGGGUUUGAGGGAUGAUUCAGAGCAUAAUUUGGAAAUCCUGCUUUUUUGGAUUUGUAUAACUCACUGAAAGCAGAAUGUGAAGUAGAUUGAUCAGUAAGCAGUAUUACCUGCUGUUUGGGUGAGGCGGAACAGUCUGAUUAAAAUGAUGUGCUGUACAGUAUUGUAUUGCCUAUUUUAGAUGUAACACUGGAGUGUUGUGGUGAAGAGUAAUUAACAAAUAUACUAAUAUACUUGGAACUAGUGGACAUAGUUUAAGAAUUUUGAGAUUGUUACAUGAGGUUUUCUUUAAAGACUGUUGGGUUAAAAAUGAUUAUACAUAAUGAAAGUUCUUAAUAUGUAACAUAUAACUUGGUUUCAUAGAAUAUUUUGGAAACAGCACAGUUUGAAGCAUCUGUAGGAAGGCAAAGAUUGUUCUUCUCAAACUUGUGAGGCAAAAAUGUUCCUGUUGAUUUUUAUGCAUUUUUAGUACUGUUACUGCUACUCUGAAGAGCAAAUAUAAAUAAGGAAAUGCAAGAAGAAUGUUCAGAAUAAUGGCAUGGUUUUUAGGGCAGAUAAUUUUACUGAAGGUUACUUGGGUUUAGAAAAAGAUGCUGGCAGAUUCAUAUAAAAUAGUGAAAAGAAUGUUCACUUGGUUGUGAACAGCAGUUCACUUGGCUGUCAGAGCAGCAGGCUUAAAACAAAAUCCUUGUUUCACAACAAGCAAUUCUGAGAAGCCUAAAGUUUUCAUAGUCAAAAGGUUAGACAAAGUAGUGUGAAAUAUAGCACCAUAAGAGAGGAAGCCAAAUUACUACUAGACCUUGAGACUGGAAGUACCGUAUUUUUCAUCCCAUAGGACGCUCUGUCCCAUAGGACGCACUUAGUUUUUUUGGGGGGAAAUAAAGGAUUUUUUUUUUUCUGCGGGAACUCCCGAGGGCUCCCCAGGCUUGCUGAUAGCUUCCUGAAGCCUGGAGAGCGAGAGGGGUCGGUGCGCACCGACCCCUCUUGCUCUCCAAGCUUCAGCGAAAGCCUAUAUUCGCCCCAUAGGACGCACACAGAUUUCCCCUUCAUUUUUGGAGGGGAAAAAGUGCAUCCUAUAGGGCAAAAAAUACAGUAAAUAUUGUCACCAAUCUUGUGGUAGUGAAUUCCAUAGUUUAACAUUCUAUUACUGUAUUACAAGAGAGGGAAAAAUGUGUUUUUAUUUCUGAUUUCUCUAUACCGUGUUUAGUUUUUAUAAACCUGUAUUAUGUUUAAUCUUUCUUUUUCUAAAUGGAAAUAAUUUUUUCCUGGUUAGUUAUUACCAGUUCAGCGUCCAUUGGUAUAUAUAUGAAAUUGAUAUUUUUUGCACCAAAGUUCAUCAUACUACUCUUAACAACUUCAUUUGCCUCCUUCUUCUUUGGCGAUCACUUGUAGCUGAGUAAGAUUGUCUUCCAUGAAUAUGGUCUUAAUAGUGAGUCCAUAAGUGACUGUGGAGGCCAAUUCUUAUGUUGUUGUUUCACUCCAUGCAGAAAGAUCCUUUUGAAAUGCUUUGUGAUCUGUUUUGGUGUUCACUACUGUAAAAGAAAUUGGUGCCACCCACAAACUUGGCCACAUUGAAUAACUCUGUUCUGUGAACCCAGCAUAAAUAUUCUCCCAAGUUCUUUGCCUUUUGCCUUUGCAUGGGAAGAAAUAAGAGUGAUUUUCAAUGGACUUUUUCAGGAGGCAGAAGCAGCAAUGCAUGCAUUGUGCAUUUUGAAUUUCUUUUUUUAAAACACCAGUCUUUUAGGAAUGUGCAUAUCUUAACAGUCUUUUUGUACAUUCUCUGGUCAAGAUGCAUAUUUAUUUACUAAUUUUAUAUCGUAUCCUUAGUUCCAGAGGAACCUGGGCAGCAAACAAGAGGCAAAACAGCAAAAAUACCUUCAAAAAUAUCUUAACAAUAGUUCUGAUAUGCACAAAAUCAGACUGGAAAAGAUCUCAACUUAAAAAGGCUGUUGAAAGAAGGUCUUCAGUAGUCACUGAAAAGACUACUGAAGACUUGUUUAAUAUUCAAGAGGAGGAAAUUCCAAAGGAUAAGUGCCACAACACUUAAGGCCCAAUUCCUGCAUUGUGUGGAAUGGAUCUAUUUAAAUUGUAAUAUCCAAGAUGCAUUGGAAAAUGUGUACGCUGUGGCAGAAUUGUGUACAAUGCCUGCUCAAAAAGAACAUCCUGUGGCCAAUAUAUGGAGCCUUGAAGGAAUAUGUCCUGUUUCUGUCUCUAGUUGCUGCAGUCUACAAGGAUCCAGGGCACAAGCCUUAUGCAUAGUCUCUGGGGUGUUGCUGGAGAAAGUGGAUCUGUCUUCCAGUCAGUAUAAGAAUUACACAAACGCAUGUUUCAAAAUAGCAAAACACAAAUGUAGAAAAUGCAAUAGUUUCAGUGUUUAUACCCUUAAGGAAGAUACAAAAUACUGUAAUAAACCACUGAUAACCUUGCUCACCAGACAGUGGCUACAGCUUUGGUAUUGUUUCCCCUCAGAAUCUGAUCUGGGCGUUGGGGGGAGCCCCUAGAGCUGAUUUUGAGGGUAUGCAGGGAGAGAAAGGGGAAGUCUUGAGUGGAACUCUGCCAUCUGUGACUUAUUUCUAAGUAACCAUGUAUAGGAUUGGACUCCCUGUCCCUGAUGUUUUUCUCCCUGUUUUUCUCUGAAAUGAAUAUCUUGCUGGAAUAAGCACUUGUCAUUUUUCCUACAUAUUUAGGGUGGUUUAUCUUGACAUCUUGGCGCUCCCACCCUGCUCUUGUGAUUGUGGUGCAAAUCCCUCAGGAUGCCAGCGGCACUUGCAGAAAACAGUCAGGUGAUCUGCGAAGUAUGGGCAAAUAAUCUAGAAGAGGAAAUGAGAAAAAUUCGGGAAAUAGUUCUUAGUUACAGCUACAUCGCAAUGGUAAAUAUGUCUUCCAGUAUUCAGCUUUCUAAAUAUAGGAUUUAUAUGUAGACAAAUGAGUUAUUAUAGCUUAAAUUAGUGUGUUAAGCUAAUUGGUAGAUGUGAUAUAACACCUGAUGAAAUUUAGGAGGAUUUUCAGUGUCCUUAAUGCAGAUUGAGAUAUCAGAUGAGCAAAUGCCUAGCUUCUUUGGUUUGGGCUGUAGGGGAUGAAGCUAUAAGCAAGUACAAAGUUCCUUUUGCGAUGAGGUUAAACCUAAGAGAAGCUCCUUCCCAGCCAACUCAUAUGACAGCCUAGAUUGAUAAAAGACACGGUAUGUGAAGAUGCCUUUAGCGUGCACCAUAGCCUAAUUAUUAAAAGAUUGUAGAGUUAUGUAGAUUAAAUAGUCUCUAGUUCACUGAGUGACCACAACCUAAGAUAAUGGGUUCUUCUGUUCCAGAAUCUGAAAAUAUGUAGUGUUCAUGUGCGAAAGAGCCAUGUCCCUUCCUCUUUAGCUUAUGCUAAUCCUAUGUGAAACUGAAAAAUUGUAUUUCAGUCAGGAACAGUUCACAUGUUCCGGAACAUGGCUUAGAGUUGGGGGAGCAGGACUCUAAUCAGUCUGAGGUUUGCUUUUUUACUUUUAUUAAGCUAAUUAGACUACUACAGUUUAAAUUGUAGGCGAAGAAAACCUUUUUUUGUUGUUGUUGCAUUCCUGUUGUCCUUCAUUCCCUUGUCCCUCCCAGUCACCUUGUAUCUCUACUCCUUCCGUUGAAUUCAGGGGCACAUGAAGGAUUCACUUUGCAGAUAGUGCACAGAUAGUGCCUGCAACAGGCUGGAAAAACAGCUGCCAAGGGCAUCUGAAUCACCAUGUGCCUCUGUAUCCAGGGGGAGGAGUGGCUAUGCAGUUGUAGUGAUGCAGGCAUUCUCUCACUUUAUCUCCCAUUUUAGAAUGGCUGGGGGGACCCAGAUGUUUCACCAAAGAAGGAAAAGGGCCACAAAAAGAGAAACUGCAGUUGGCUAUAGGCAUUAUUUUAUGCAUGCUUAAUUAACUUUUCGUGACGCUGAUGCCAGGAAGCCGGCAACUGCAGAAUUCAGGAGAUAGUCUGUGGUGUUUAUUGCAUUGGUGUGUGUGUUAUAUCUGUGAAUAGAACUUACAAGGUUUGGGUUGGACUUCUCUUUGUUUUUCUAGGACACAGAGUUUCCUGGGGUGGUUGUUCGACCAAUAGGUGAAUUUCGCAGCUCUAUAGACUAUCAGUAUCAGUUGCUCCGAUGCAAUGUUGAUCUGCUGAAAAUCAUCCAGCUAGGUCUGACCUUCACAAAUGAGAAAGGCGAAUACCCUGCUGGGAUCAACACAUGGCAGUUUAACUUCAAGUUCAAUCUUACGUAAGUCUUCAAAGUUGGGGAAUGUCUGAAUCAGUUUUUCUCUGAAAGGUUCCCACAUAGGAGGAAGAGCUGCUUGCCAGCUAGGAAAAAAUCCCAUCUCAAUAUGAAGGGGUUAUGUUUCAAAUCAAUGUGCCAGCACAGAAUGAUGGUUUUUUUGUCAAAAUGUUAUUAAAAAUCACUUUUAAACCUAGGAUUAUUACCAAUUUGUUCGGGCUUUAAGUCUUUAGCAGGCCCUUCACCCUAAUCAGGAAAAAGUAUUUCUUGUAAGUAUCAUUAUAACUUUUUAAUUUACGAAUUGCCUUUUACAUGCUUCUCAUGGUAGUUUGCAAAUAUGCCAUACAAGCAGCACAAAAAACAAAUCAAGGCAAAUGUUUAUUAUUUUUAAACCUAAAGGAGAUACUUUUUUAUCCAGCUGGAAAAUAUUGUCAAAACAAAAAUGUCUUCCAUUUUUUUUUUUACCCCAAGUAUAUGGCAAGAAGCUGCCAUUUUUUAUGGUAAAUGUAGACAUAGUGGCCCUGCAUUUACUCAAAUGUUCUGGGGCCUUUGUACUUACACACUCCCAAUCUCCUAUUUCUUUGUGGACCUUCCUCUCUCAUUCCCCAGUGAGGAGUUUAUGCUGGAGAGUCUGGAAGUGUGCUCUCACUUUGCACAGGGAUAGCAGCUGUUCCUCAUACAAGCUUGCCUGGGUUUUGAUAUCUUAGGGGGAGGCCCAUCACCUUCACAGGCAUGCUGUGUGGAGCCAUGGGAGAGGGCCUUCUUGGUGGCUCCUCCCAGACUUGGGAACACCUUCCCUAGAGAAGCAAGACUGGCUCCCGUUUUGCUGUCCUUCUGAAGCAGGGUUGGGGUGGGUUUAAGACUUUCUUGCUCCAAGAUGCUUUUGGGAAUUGACUUCUUUUAAUGAAAGGGCUACUGUCGUGCUGUUUCUGUUGUAAUUAUUUCCAUGUUUUACCCUGAUUUUAUAUAUGUAUAUAGUUUUAAUUCUAUCAAUAUUUAAUUGCUUUUAGAUUAUUGUUUUUCCCCUGUGUUUUUAGUGGUUCAUGUUUUUAUCUGUAAUCUGUCUUGAGCCUCAUUGGGAGAAAAGGAGGGUUAUAAAUAAAUAUUAUAAAAGUUCCAUUGAUUCAUUUAGGCACAGUGAAGACCUGAUAUAUAACAUUUAUUUGCCCUUCUCACUAGGGAAGAUAUGUAUUCUCAAGAUUCAAUAGACCUUCUUGCAAGCUCUGGAUUGCAGUUUCAGAAGCAUGAAGAGGAAGGGAUUGAUACCUUGCAUUUUGCUGAACUACUUAUGACCUCUGGUGUGGUGCUCUGUGACAAUGUCAAGUGGCUUUCAUUUCACAGGUUUGUCAAAUAGCAUUUCACUUCUAACAUUUAGCCACUUUUAUGUUAUGUUGUGAAAAAUUUAUGCUUGAUUGUAGAGUUUUGAAUAUCCCAUAAAACUUACAUUGGGGGCCUUUGACAGAGAAGCUGGGAGCAAGUGCUUUCCGCCCUCCCCUUCUGCUUAAGUCCCCUUAACUUGAACGGGUUAUUGAGUGAGGUAAUUAUGAGAGAUGGGAAAGGUGCUGAAAUUCUUUGUGCUAAAGUAAGACUCCACAGUGUAGGAUUCUGCAUCACUGUUCUGUGCCCUUUGCAAAUAAAUAUAAGCUUAUUAGUCGGCCCCCUGCAGAACAAAGCCUGCAUUGUAGGGGGUUGACUAGAUGACCCUCGGAGUCCUUCCAAUCCUACAAUUCUGUGAAGCAUUGUCUUGUUUUUAGUUUUCAGAACUACCAGCACUCAAGUGCUUGCUGUUGAUUAAAUUAAGUACAUGAUUCACUAUGAAUUCCAAAAAGACCCUAUUUGGGAAAUGUUCUUUCCCUGCCAGAAAUCUGCAGUAGUUGAGCGUUGAGCAUGUACUGUUAAUUAAUGUUGAUAAUAAUGAUAACCUUGGCUUCAAGGUACCUUCUAGUAACUGCUUCUAGGAUAUCUCCUAGUAACAGCAUUUUAGUAGUACCAGCCAGGUUUGAAAAUAAUGCAUUUAAACCACUGGUUGAUCUGUCUUUGCAUAAUUCCUUCCUCAGUGGCUAUGACUUCGGUUAUAUGGUAAAACUUCUGACAGAUUCAAGGCUUCCAGAAGAAGAACAUGAGUUCUUUCAUAUCUUGAACCUUUUCUUUCCAUCUAUAUAUGAUGUUAAGUACCUCAUGAAGAGCUGCAAAAACCUAAAGGUACAGUACUUGAUUUUACUGUAAUUGCAAAAUUUGAGAUACAUUGGUUGCUGCUUUGUAUAGAUGUAAACAAAGUGAGCUGAAAUAUGGAUUAUUUGGUAGGUUUAUGGCUUUUAAAAUAAUAAAUAGUAUAACAAUAGUAGAAUUGGUUUGAAUUGCAACUCCCUCUUACUGCUGGGCUGGGUACAUGACCAGCAUCUUCACAGUGUUCCAUCACUUCCUUCCUAUUAACCAGACUACCAAAUCUCCCUGAUAGCAGAGCAGAUGAGCUUUGCCAAGAUGAGGGGUGUGUGUGGGAAUCUUCCUUGCAUUGAGAGGGAGUGUGGGCUGGUAACUGCAAUGGAGGGUUGAAUAGAGCUGAAGAAGGGACAGAAAGAGAGACUGGGGGUUGGGGACAGCUGAAAGCAGAUAAAACCAAGCUGCCUUUAUGCUUUCUUAGAGAUGGGUAUAGGGUGUGGAAAACAAUGAUGGAGAAAAAGAGCUGACUCAGCCUCAGCCACUGUUAAUAUGGCCCACAGAAAAAUGGUUCCCUGCUACUGGCCUACUAUUUGAUGACCAGUGUCACAUGCUCCUUGCAAUAAACAACUAUUGUGUGAGUGGCAACCUACUGUACCAUGGUGUCAUUCAAUACAAAUGGCAGAAGUGUGCACUCGAUCCUUGCUCUGUGUGAGUAAUCGUGCACAAAUGCCUCAUUCACCAAGCUGUUUUCACACCAGUGUUAUAGGGAGUCUUCCUGUGAUCUGAUGUGGUACUCUGAAAGAAGUUUGCGACUGGUCUCUGGCGACCUAGAAUUUUUUUGUUUUGUUUUACAUUUUGUGAACUGCACUUUUAUUACUGUUCACUUAAAUUUAUGACUCAUGGGUUGAUCAAAUUGAGUUUGGAGGCAAAUGUCCAAAUGCCAAUCCUGAGGCUUGUACUAAGAUAUCCCGAUAGCAAAAUUGAACUUGUUUGAUAGCUCUGUGUUUGUAUUGUAGUUUCUAAAGCUUGCUGGUAUAGUAACUAUAAAUUCUUGUCCAAGGUUAACCUUAUUAAUAAAUACAAGUCUAACCCUUGGCCUUCGAUUUGAAAUUCUUGUAAAAUGCUGUGAGCUCUCUAAUUGUCAUAGGCAGAGAAGACAAGAAGUGAGGUGGAUUAGGUCUGAUUUCUUCUCUCUUGCAGGGAGGCCUUCAGGAAGUUGCUGACCAGCUGGAUUUACAGCGGAUUGGACGGCAGCACCAAGCUGGAUCAGACUCGCUACUCACUGGGAUGGCAUUCUUCAGAAUGAAAGAGGUAGGCAUGUCUUGUCUCCUACCAAAUAGUGAGAGUGUGCAGUAGCUUGCCAGCAAAUUCUAACCACCUUGGUAUCUCCAGCUUUCCUUUGACUAGACAGAGUUUCCCUUUCCAUGGUUUCUGCAGUUGGUUAGUCAUAUGAUACAACUUGUGACGUGUAUUUUUUUCUGUUUUGCAGUUGUUCUUUGAGGACACAAUUGAUGAUGCAAAGUACUGUGGGAGACUCUAUGGCCUUGGUACGGGAGUGGCUCAGAAACAGAGUGAAGAUGUAGAAGCAGCUCAAGAGAAAAUGAGUAUUCUGGCUAUUAUCAACAAUUUGCAGCAGUGACAACAGAAUGCUGUUCAACAGAACAUGGGUCCAUGAGGGCAAGCUUCCUCCUUUAAAGUGUUACAUCUCAAACACAUGGCAGAAGAACUAGCGUUUUUACAGAGGGCAAAAGGCAUCUUUGCUAUGAAUCUUGGCUGAUUCUGAUCAGCAGUUUCAUAAUGGCUGGUAGAGUGUCAUGCUCAUAAGUAAAAACAGAUACAAACUACAGUGUAUAUACCUCUGUUUUCUUUUAAAACUUGCUGAAUUUGCAAGGCGCAGGUCAUUUCAGAACUUUCAGCAGUGCUGCAGUUCUCUCAUGCACUUGCAGAUUUAGCUUUUGAAAGCUUAUUUUAAACCUUUUUUUGCUCUCUGUGAGGGUGAUGUGUUCCUAAGCCCUCUGCUAGCUUUUAUCUUUUGUGUAAGUAAUUCUGUGAAAGUGAUCCAUUCAGCCCUGGUGGUGGAGACAUAAUGCAUGAGAUGCUUACAUCUUAGUAGCAGCCGUAAGGGUUGUGCUGGCUUGUAUUAUAGCUAGCUUCUCCUUUUAGAUUGCCGGGCCAUGUGUCAUAUAGCAGUAUGCUUCAUCUUAAGAAUCAAAACUGCCUGCAUGAUUGAGACUACAAUAACAAUGUGGACCGAAAAUUAAUUCCAAGUUACCCUUCUACCAAGUUGUUGAGUAAAUGGAUAAAAUCACACGUACCUACCAAUGAAGGCUAGUUCAGCUUUUAGAUGUCCCUUUUAUAGUACUUUAAAGAGCAACCCAAAAUUGUUAAAUGGUUACAGACUAAAAGUGCAUUUAAUAGCAAUUUUCAUACAAUCUUGAAAACCAAAAUCUGUUUGAGGGAGAGACAAAAUCCUGAUAGUGUGGUAUUUUUAACAAGCUUAAUAACUCCCCAUUAUGUAAAAGUAUUCACUGGUUGCAGUUAAAUGCUCAUGUAUAUAUGAUUGGUUCUUAAUUUUGUAAAAUAAAGAAUUUUCUUAAGGCAUGAGACUUUUUGACUUUUUCCACACUUCUUUUGAAAUUGUGUUUUAAAAAGGUCUCCUAGAUCAAAAGCUACAAAGCAAAGCUGGCAGCAUGCCUUAAUCUGCCAACUGAUUUCUGUGAGAUAAGUUACCCCCCCCCCUUCAGUAGUUUUAGCCAAUGAGUGAUAUCAAGCGAGUUUUUGGGAUCUUUGGGGGUCUUAAAAGGCUGCUGUUUUCCACCCCACCCUCAGCUAGUGGCUUCUGUCUCCUUAGGUCUCCUAAGACUUGUGGCAAAUAUAAUGUACAGUGGUACCUGAAUGCCACAAACCCAGAAGUGUUCCAGUUUGCAAACAUUUUUUUGGAAGCCAAACCUCCAUUUUGGCUGUUGGCAUUGUUUCCGGGGCCAAUCAGCCGCGCCUUGGUUUGUGAAUGUUUUGGAAGUCGAAGAGACUUCCAUAACGGAUUGAGUUUGAGAACCAAGGUACCACUGUACUUACAGAAAAUGGUAUACUGAGGGGAGGUCAAGAAUAUCUUGCCUUACCUUAUACGCAAGAUUAAUUGAUAUGCAUACUACAAUUAGCACCAUCCAUGCAUGUUUUUUUUCUUUAUUCCCCAUCCUACUUUUGGUAUAAGAUAUCUUCACAAGGUUGCAAUGAUGAGCGGUAAACUGUGCUUUGUAUCAUCCAUACUAGCAUUUUUUAAAGGUGCCCUUGCAGGUCCCUUUGUGCAGUAGGCAGCAUCCAUCCUCAAAUCUUUGCAAAAUUUGCUUAUGAAAGCAGUGAUGAAAAAAUAAAUUUCAUUUUUAGAACAUAUACUAUUUAUUGGUCAAUUGUCGUGCACAGAAAGUUAAUAGAAACUAUGUACGUUAGAGAAUGUACAUUAGAGAAUCCUUCCACAGAGUAUUGCAUCAAAAUAGAAAAUAAGUUGACAGCACUAGAAAAAAAAUGGAUACUUCUGGUAGGUUGGGUUUUCUUUCUGCACAUUAUUUCAGAAAGCUCUCACGGACCGGCAUGACUAUGUAGAAGUAUCUUGUUCAUCCAUUCUAGAAUGAGACAUAUUUCGUCCUUACAAAUGUGAGUUCCUUUGUAUUUUCUAAGUAGUUCUAAUGACUUCUCCUGUAAUUCUGGAACUACUUCAUGGUGCUGGACACUCAUGUGAAGCACAACAAGACAGCACUCAAGUACGUCGGGGAAGGGAGAAACCUGGAAAAAAGAAAAAAAAUUGUAUUUUUACACACUGGAAACUCCUAUGUAUAACUCCAAGCUGAGGUGAUAUAUCUUACCACAUUUCCCAGCUGCAUUAUACGAUCAAUAUAACGACAUUGCCAGAUUUAGUGCUAUUCCAAAGAGCACAAUAUGGCUUUGGCUGGGGAGGGCGGGAUAUAAAUAAAAUUUAUUAUUAUUAUUAUUAUUAUUAAAGCUACACUGCUGCUGCAGUAAGCAGCUUUUCAGCUGCAUGGGUAUCUUCAGUGAUGACUGCUGCAUAUUUCAGGUGAACAUAACUCGCUUGCUCAUAGGUAUAUUCUGGGGUCACAUAUUUUAGAAUUCAUUCACUUUUCCAACUUGAAGCUGUACAAGUCAGCUGUUUUGCUAACCAGUCAUUGACAUCAUUGAAAGGGUAGCUUGAAACGAGUGCUAUGCAGAUUUUUAAACCAACUGAUCUUGUAAAAAACAGGAUUUUGCCCUCCAGCUGUUGCUGGACUACAACUCCCAUUCUCCCUGGCGAAAUUGAAUCUUAACAUCUGUAGGGCCACAGGUUAGCCACCUACUGCUACAACAAAACAAGCAUCUUCAAACAUAUCUUCAAGGAGACUCAAAUCUCUUGAUUUCCUUCUGUCAAGUUAUAACAAUAAUAAUUUAUUAUUUAUACCCCGCCCAUCUGGCUGAGUUUCCCACAAGCUUGUGCUGUUAAGUAAAGCAGGGAAACAAGGAUUUUGCUCCAUGUUAAAGUCAGACUUACCUUUAUACUAUCUGGGAACUCUGCCAGUUUCUGAUUUGCUUCUGUUAGUUGUUUUGUCAAAUCUAGCAGAGAAACUGGUUCAUUCACUUGUUCCUUACUGUAAAGAAGUUUUAAGAGAUCACAAUUUCAAAAAUACAAAAAAGUUAAAUAUUCCCAACCUGCCACUCACUUUAACUUAGAAAUUAAAGUGUGAUUAUAAGGCUUGAUAACUGUGUGUCAUUAAACAUUAUGAAACUGACUUCCAUAUAAUAAAUACCACUAUAAAAGGAAUGCAGCAAAAAAAUCAGAUCAGUUUUUUGUGAAGUGUGUCAAAGGUUUCUCUCAGGGUUAGUGUAUCAAAUAUUCACAGCCAAGGUCUCCCUGAAAAGCUCACACUGAGUGGAGAGACUAUUAACACCUUUUCCAUGUGUCAUAUCCAACUAAAUCAACGCAAACAUGGAACAACAUCUGCAAGUACAACAGAACUUCUCUCAUCUGGUAAUCCCAACCACACCGUCAGAAGGUCUGAGGGUUUGCUUGGUUUUUUUUUACAACUAUCACACAACAGAAAUUUAUGAAUUGGGGCCUAGUUCAAUGGGAUUCCACAGCCAGCUUUGAGCACUACCAUCACUAAAAUGCACCACUUACUUCUGACUCUGGCUUGCUGGGGAUUCAGCUAAAUCCUGGCUGUUGGUGGCACUUUGGUGGAGGUUGUUUUUCUGAUGUUGGUUGAUCAUGUCUGCCAAAGUCUGCUGAAUUCUAGAGAUCUCUCUCUUUGUACUUUGGAUUGCAGCAUAUUCUUCUGAAAGGAGCACUCUACAGCCCCUCAGUUUUGCUUGUCUUUCCACUAAAAGGCUUGAGCUGGCUACUGAAUCAGUCUCUGAGUGUGUGCAAUUGUUAUGUCCUCUUGAAAGCGGAUCUUCAACUUCAGUUUCUUCAGGCAAAGAGACUCUUUCAAUGUUACUCUGGCCAGGAGUGGACAGCUCAAAAGUGCAAGCCUCCGAGGUCAGCCCUGGUUGUUCCACGACACGCAAAUCCACACGUUCCGGGUUCCACCAAAGAUCGUAUAGUUGCCCAUAAGCUACAAAUGCCUCCAGGCUUUUGCAGGCUGCCAUACUUUGCAAAUCUGUGCUGUCCAGCUUCUCUCUUAGAUGAGCGCAACCUGCCAAAACAUAAUAUAUGCACAGCUGGAAAGGAACAUGGGUUCACUUACCAUACCUUCUAGGCUGGCACAGUGAGGAAGGCAUUCAUGUGAUGGGCUGCUUGCCCUGAUUCACUCAGGAGGGACUACAUGACAGGUGAUUUAAUGUAGAACUUCCUCCCCCUAGAUACCCUCCAGUUUUUCAUCUGUGACAAAGCUACAACUUAGUAGUAUCCAAAAGAAGUAAAACACAGAAGACAUCCCCGUCACUAAGCAGAGGCCAGUUCCCUUUUGACUGGUGGAAAUGAAAUACAGUGGUGCCUCGCAAGACGAAAAGAAUCCGUUCUGGGAGUCUCUUCGUCUAGCGGUUUUUUCGUCUUGCGAAGCAAGCCCAUUGAUGGGAUUAGCGCUAUUAGCGCUAUUAGCGGCUUUUAGCAGCUUAUCAGCUUAUCGGAUAAGCAGAUAAGCGGCUUAGUGACUUAGAAAAAGAGGGGGGAAAGGAAAAAAAAAACCCAGGAACUCGCAAGACAUUUUCGUCUUGCGAAGCAAGCCCAUAGCAGAUUCGUUUUGCGAGGCACCUCCAAAACGGAAAACUCUUUCGUCUAGCGAGUUUUCCGUCUUGCGAGGCAUUCGUCUUGCGGGGCACCACUGUACAAGAAGUGUCAUUGGAAGUGGCCUUGUAGAUGCCUCACUAUGCUAGCCUAAUCAGGGUCAGAUACAGAGUGGAAUGUUAGUUAUUUUUUAAAACAAUGCCUUGGUUUACACAACAGAACUUCUCUAGAACACUGCGCUGAUUAUCCAUAAUCUGCAUACUGUAUAGAACAAGGAGGACGUAAGCAGUCCUCUCCCUUUCAACAGUUCAGUACAACUGCUUUGUUAAUCUAUUAAUUAUAUUUAAUUCUCUGCUAAACUUACGGUUUGUGGUGUACCAGGGCAAAAAGUCAUGGGUUGUAUCCAACUAAAUCAUUAUGUGAGCAUGAUGAAAAUUUCCUUCCCUCUCCUCCUUCAUGUGCCCUCACAGGGGAAGUUAUGAUGCCCCAACAGUAGAUGUUCUGUGUAUGCAAUGAUUGAGAUGGAUACAAACUCAUGGUCCUAGCUUCUGAUGCAACACAGCUAUCCCUUUCCUGGUUUGCUUAUCAACGUGCAUCAAAGCUGGAGGAACAUGGUUGCAUGCAGAGUAUGGUUU